CGGCAAGAUACGUCAUUGCCACAUUCGCAGCUUCGAGAUGACCAAGGACGGCCCGCCGCUACUGCGCUCCAAGACCAAGGACCCGCUCGACAGCACAUGGCACCGCCACAUGAAGGACGGCGACUGGGUCGCCGACGUGGCCGUCGCCGAGUGCAUGGUGUGCAAGGACGAGUUUAGCUUCUGGAACCGAAAGCACCACUGCCGCCGGUGUGGCGCCGUCGUCUGCGACAGCUGCUCCAACAACCGCACGCCGCAUAUCCACCGGGAGCUCGCACAAACGGCGGACGAGCACGCGCGCGUGUGCGACUUGUGCAUCCAGGUUAUUGACGAGAAGAUUGCGCUUGGCUUGCACCAGCGGUUUGGCAAGAACGACAACAACUGGACGCCGGCGUACGAGGACGAAGAGCCUGAAGACACCAAGCCCGCGUACUCUGCGUACUAUGUUCCGCCAAAGACGGAGCGCAACGGCCGCGCCGUUGUCACGAUGGGUCGGUAUCGCGCCGAGAUCAAGGAGAGCGAAGGCAACCGCUACAUUCGAGACUGCGACCUCUAAGCCCGACCGCUCAUGUUUAUAUACCUACAAAUUCAAAGUCAUUCUAGUGUAUAUCGCUCGGGUGGGCCCAUCACUAGACUCGGCAUUUUGCUCUUUCCCCAAGCGCUGCGAAUCGGUUGCGAUCUUCCGUCUACUCCUAAAUACUAGCUCCAAAAGCAGGCGUGC